CUUUCUUAGCAGAUCUACACCAUGAAUGACCAGGGAGCAAGCAACCAUUCUGAGAUGACUGAUUUCAUUUUUGUAGGCUUCCGAAUCCAACCAGAGCUCCAUAUUUUCCUUUUCCUGACUUUCCUAUUUGUCUAUAGCAUGGUCCUCUUGGGGAAUGUUGGCAUCCUCACCAUCAUCCUGAUUGAUUCCCAACUGAACACACCAAUGUAUUUCUUCCUAGGCAACCUCUCCUUCAUUGAUCUCUCCUAUUCCUCUGCUGUGGCACCAAAGGCCAUGGCCAAUUUCUUAUCAUCAAGUAAGUCCAUUUCCUUUGAAGGCUGUGUGGUCCAAUUUUUCUUCUUUGUCCUAUUCAUGGUAGCAGAGGGUUUUGUCCUGGCAGCCAUGGCCUAUGACCGUUUUGUAGCCAUCUGCUCCCCAUUGCAGUACUCUAUCCGCAUGUCAAGGCGCCUUUGUACCCAGCUUGUUUUUGGCUCUUACUUUUGUGGCUGGGUCACCUCUAUUCUCUUAGUCAGUAUCACAUUUACCUUAUCCUUUUGUGCUUCUCGAGUUAUUGACCAUUUUUACUGUGACUCCCACUCAAUUGAAAAGAUUUCAUGUUCCAACAUUGUCAUCAAUCGAAUGGUAUCAUUAGUCUUGUCAGGAAUCAUUAUUUUACCUACUCUGAUAGUCAUUAUGGUAUCCUAUGUUUACAUUGUGUCCACUGUUCUGAAGAUCCGAUCUGCUGAGGGUCGAAUGAAAGCCUUUUCUACUUGUGGGUCCCAUCUUGGAGUGGUGAGUUUGCUAUAUGGGACAACCUUCUUUGUGUAUCUUAUUCCUCCCAACAACCCUGAGCUGAGGAAAGUAGCUUCUGUGUGUUAUAUUCUUGUUACUCCCAUGCUGAAUCCACUCAUCUAUUCUCUAAGAAACAAGGAUGUAAAAGAGUCUCUGAAAAGAAUUUUCAGGAAAGCAAAAGCUUUGCUCUAA